GGGCGGGGCGGGAGGCCGGUCAGUCAGUCGGGCAGUCAGUCGGGCGGGAGGCGGCGAUGGCGGCAGGGGGGACGUCGCGGGGCCGGGAGCGCGUGGUGGCUCUGGUGGACAUGGACUGCUUCUUCAUGCAGGUGGAGCAGCGCCUCGACCCGCAGCUGCGCGGCCGCCCCUGCGCCGUGGUGCAGUACACCGAGUGGCAGGGCGGCGGGGUCAUCGCCGUGAGCUACGAGGCGCGCGCCUUCGGCGUGUCCCGCGGGAUGUGGGCGACCGAGGCGCGGGCGAUGUGCCCCGAGCUGGCCCUGGCGCGGGUGCCCCAGGCGCGGGGCAAGGCCGACCUCACCCGGUACCGGGAGGCCAGCGUGGAGGUGAUGCAGGUGCUGUCGCGCUUCGCCGCCAUCGAGCGGGCCAGCAUCGACGAGGCGUACCUGGACCUGACGGGCAGCGUGCGGGAGCGGCUGCGGGCCCUGCGGGGGCAACCGCUGCCCGCCGCCCUCCUGCCCACCACCUUCGUGCAGGGGCUGCCCGAGGAGACCGGACCCCAGCCCGGCGGGAAGGGUACACACCGAUCUGUCCCUAAGCCUGACGAGAAGGAGGAGCUGCGGCAACGUGGCUUGCACGAGUGGCUGGCAUCGCUGUCUUUCGAUAACCCUGAUUGUCCUGACCUGCAGCUGACCAUGGGUGCAGUAAUUGUGGAAGAAAUAAGGGUGGCUGUAGAAGCAGCCACCGAAUUCAGAUGUUCAGCUGGAAUUUCGCACAACAAGACACUGGCAAAACUGGCCUGUGGGUUAAACAAGCCCAACCGCCAGACACUAGUAUCUUCACGAUUUGUCCCUCAGCUCUUCAGCCAGCUGCCAGUCGGCAAUAUCCGUAACCUGGGAGGCAAGCUUGGUACUGCCAUCACAGACAUCCUGGGAAUAGAGUACAUCGGGCAGCUGACACAGUACAGUGAGACAGAGCUCCAGACUCACUUUGGAGACAAAACUGGGUCCUGGCUCUAUGACUUGUGCAGAGGAAUUGAAGAUGAACCUGUCAAAAACAGGUACCUUCCCCAGUCCAUUGGCUGCAGCAAGAACUUCCCUGGGAAGACAGCCCUGGCCACGCAGAAGGAGGUGCAACACUGGCUCCUGCAGCUGGCCUUGGAGCUGGAAUCCAGACUGACCAAGGACAGGAGCCAGAACCACCGAGUGGCCAGGCAGCUGAUGGUGGUCAUCCGCAUGCAGGGAGACACCAGGGUGUCCCGCUUUUGCGCUUUGUCCCGCUAUGAUGCCCAGAAGAUGUGCAACGAUGCCUUUGCCCUCAUCCAGAACUGCAACAUGGCUGGGCUUCACCAGGCGGCCUGGUCUCCACCGCUCAUAUCGGUGCUUCUCUCGGCAAACAAGUUCACAGAGCCUGCCACGCAUCUCUCUGCAGGCAUUGCCACCUUCCUGACGAGUGAUGCCCAGCCUGAUGGCACUGCCACUGCCGGCCAAAACACGUCUUCUAGGAGGCCCAAGGUCAAGUUCUUCAGGAGCCCAAGCAAAGAGCUUAGGCAAAAGCCAGCUAAUGCUAUUGAGUCGUUCUUCCAAAAGGCGGCAGAAAGGCAGCAGUCACAGAUGGUGGCAGCAACCAGCCUGCCUGCUGGUACCACUGCAGAGUCACCUGUGCCCAGCUCCCUGGAGCACCAAGAGAGGGAUGGUGUUGGACUUGCCUCUCUGCAGUCUGACCUGGAGUCCCCUGUGAAGCAGAGUCCCAGAGAUGGGAGUCCUAGGUCUCCUUACAAGAGGCUUGCUUUUGAGAAGUCGCUGUCUGAUGCUACGCAAACACCUUCGACUCCACCCAGCUCCAGGACCAUUCUGAAAUUAGAGCCAGCUAUGGAGGGAAAUGAGCAGAAUUUGCCACCUUCUCCUGAGCUUGCCCCGCUCCCUCCAGCAUCACCGGGGGACCAGCAGCGCUGUGAGAAGUGUGGCCAGCUCGUGCUGGUGUGGGAGUUCCCAGAGCACAUGGACUACCACUUUGCUCUGGAGCUGCAAAGCUCCUUCCUGGAGCCCAGCGCUCCCACAGCUCCAGCAGCAGCUCCCAACUCAAAGGCUGCAGUUUCCAAGUCUCCCACCAAGGCAAAGAACAAGCCCAAGACUCCAGCAGGAUCUAGUGCAAAACGACCCAGAGAAGGCGUGACGAGAACUUUAGAUUUUUUCUUUAAGCGCUUACCUCCUUAACUCCCAGCCGUGCUGGCAGUUUUUAGAUAAUCAGUAUUUUUAAAGAAUCAGUGUUUUUAAAUACAGUUAAAAGUUUUUAUACUGCCUGUCAGGUUUUAAUGCAGAAAAGUCUAAUAAAUUAUGUGGACCCAGAACCCAUGAAUCGCAUAUGAUGCUGGACGUACUCCAUUUAGCUGGUGGCAGCUAGCUUGCCUCUGCCUGCUCAGUGCUACCAGAAGGUGCAUCAUGCUGUCACCUACACCUCCUGCUAUGGGUGUUUCCAUAACAUCACUGCUCAGUAAUUCUGUUCUACAGCGUUCUGUUCCUACUGUAACGGCUUAUUCCAGGGAAGCCCCAGCCAAGUCCUAGGCUUGAACCCCUAUUCAGUAACUUAGUAUGAAGCCUUCAUCUCAUAGUGGUUUUCCUCUGGCUACAGUUGCAGGCCUUGCCCUUACUGUAUAACUUAUAUAUGGUAGGUUAGCCCUGUAUUUUCUUCUCCCCUCUCCACCUGGAAGACGCUGAUUUUUAUUCCUCUCUCAUAAGGAUUUUUGUUACAGGUGGUUUGGCAAUUCCCUCUGUGUAGCACUGCAUUGUGUGAUGCUUGUCCCCAGCUCUGAAGCACACAAGAAAGACUGCUGCUGUCAAAUAAGAUUUGAGGAAGUUGGUGCUGAACAAGCAUACUUUUUGGUGUGCUUUUUCGAGUCUCAGCACCAGUUCCUGAUAAUUGCUAUUGACACAUAAGCACAUAAAUAAAGUCUAGAGUCCUCAUGGAAGGGAGGGGCAAUACGUCAGAGUCACGUAGGCCUCUGUGAAAGCUUUCCUCCUCACAGAAAGCGUGUAUAACAACAUUGUUCCUCCUUCACUGACACUGGGUGAUAACUACAUGUAACCGGAUGACAGGUGCCUGUUUUGAUCCUCUGUCAAAUGACUAGUUCAGCUCUCUGGGCCACAGUUCACAUCAGCGUGGCUGCCCCAGCACCCCACAAAUUACAACACAACCAACAAAGAAUACCAUGGAGGGGACAAGCAGGCACUGAGAGGGGGUGAGAGUGGCUCCAGGGCAAGAGAUGUGCUUGCCCUCAGCUGCCUGGCAGGGCUCGGCUCCAUACUACACUGUCUGCUGCCUGGAGCCCGCCAGCCUCUUCCAGAAGCGCUGCUGCCAAUAAUUUGAAUUGGGCUCUUAGGGCGGGGGGGGGAGGAACGUGCCACGUCAAGGCAGCGCUGGGUGGGGUUUGGAAACACAGUUUGCAGACAGUUUCAUCAGCUGCAGGGUUCCCCUCCCUGAGCAGGGCAAGAGAACCUUUCAGGCAGCAGAUAAUGAUGCGAAGUGCAGCUGUAUUUGCAUGUGCUUUUUCCCCUUUUCUGACCUGUACCAUCUUGCGCCCAGCUGUUGAGCUGCUCUCCUUCCAGCAGACAGCCUGUGCUGGGAAGCUGCUGCUGGUGGUGGGGGGUCUAAUACUUGACAAUGCAGUUGUUGCAAGAUUUCAGGAAGCACAAGAAGCUCACUGUGGUGCGUGCAGCUCUGCUGGUAAUUGGCAGAAGAAGGAAUUAUGGAGUCACUUGCAUUAAUGACAGUCCUCACGUUACAAAGUGACAAGUUUCCCCAAAGUCAUCACAUAAAGAGAAAUAGCAACCAGUCUGGCAGGGUUGUCUCACGCUCCUGUGACAGCGGCACGUCUCAUUUCCUAAGUGUCUGGCAGGACCGGACUCUGCAGAUGUCACUACUUGACACAAAACCAAGUUGAGAACAGGCAAAUCCCUUCAGUGACACAAGUCACUUCUACAGGGAAGCCCUUCUGCCUCUGCCUGUCCCAAGGGAGCAACCUCCUCUCAUGGAGGGAAGGCAGUCACAAACCCCUUGAUAAGGUCAAAGCUAUUUUAAAAACAACCCACCAGUUAGACGUGUGCCCUAGAAAACAUCCCUUUAAUUAGGCUCGGGGGAAUUUGUGGCUGGGAGGAAGCACUCGCCACAGCCUGUUCCGCCCACAACAGCCCAAACUGCUGUGCUCAGGGUGACGUGGCUGCCUGUCACCCCAGGCUGCACACCCAGGCUUGCUCAGAUAAGCUGGGAGAGCACGGUUGUAAACAGCAGCGCGCAUGCAUUCCUUCCACGCCACUGGAUGGUAUUUAUAGGGCUGAAU